AUGAACUACAACUUUCUGAGUUCUCCGAUCCCGGCACAACUUGCUAAUUUAACUUCACUUUCUAUUAUUGAGUUAUCUAUUUGUGGACUACAAGGUUCAGUUCCUUACCUUCCGCAACUACAAAAACUUGAUGUCAGUGGUAAUUUUGGUCUUCGUUUUGAUCUACCAAACAUGUUUGAAAAUCGCUGGCCGAAACUGAAAAUACUUGAUAUAUCAGAUAACGAAGUAACCGGAUCAAGAUCAUUUCUGAGUUCAAUUUCAAAUGCACCAAUGUUGGUCAGUCUUUCUGCUUCAAUGAGUUCCAUUCAAGGGUCUUUACCUCCUUCAAUCUACAAUCUUUCUAGGUUGCAAUAUCUAGACCUCUCUUACAACAACAUAACAAGUUUUAUCCAUUCUUCAAUCUCCAAUCUAAAAAAUCUACACUUUCUUGACUUGUCAGGGAAUAAUUUCCAAGGACCCAUACAAAGUUCAAUAUGCGAGAUUGUUUCUCUUCGACGACUUGUUUUAGAAAAUAAUAACAUUACAGGAAUACUACCAAGUUGCAUUACCAUGCUCACUAACCUCGUUGAGUUUCGCGUUUCUAAGAAUUCUAUAGAGGUCAAUGUUUCAUUGAUCUCUCUGAUCAACAAAUUUCACCUAUCCACCUUAGAUCUUACCUCAAAUAGGCUAACCAUCGAUACGAAUGAAAACUUACAUUUGGAUGCCUCGAAGCCUAAACUAGAGAUUUUAGCGCUGGGAUCAUGCAAUUUGAAAGUAUUCCUUACUUUUAUUUGUAUUUUGACUCAACUUAAAGUAUUGAAUUUGUCUCAUAAUAACCUCACAGGAGUUAUCCCACCUUGCAUCUUCAAACUUGAAAAUCUCGUUUACUUAGAUUUGUCUAACAACAAACUUCACAGUCCCCUGCCUCUUCCACCUCUAAGUGUGAGUAGUUUUGAUUUACCACAUAAUAAACUCGAAGGAAAUAACAGCUUUGAAGGUGUUAUACCCAUUGGUCUUGGUUCACUUAAUUCCCUUAAGAUUCUUUCUUUGAGGUCAAACAAGUUUAAUGGGUCCAUUCCUAAAGAGAUUACAGAUUUGUAUGAACUGCAAAUACUAGACUUGUCGAUAAACAAUCUCUCAGGUCCAAUUCCAGUAAGUUUGGGAAAGUUGAAGUUAGUAAGUAAUCCUAGUCCUGGAAGCGUACAAAGGAACUCUAUUGGUGUGCAGUUUCAGUUGGUUAUCAAAGGCACCAUGCGGCAAUUUGAGAUAAUGUAUGACUAUAGUUCGGGAAUCGAUCUAUCAUGUAACGUUCUUGACGGGAAGAUUCCAGAAGAGAUAGGUUUAUUGAAUGGACUUGUUAUGCUUAAUUUGUCGCAUAAUCAUUUCUCAAGUAACAUCCCAGCGAGUGUUGGAAACAUGUCUAGUCUAGAGUCUUUGGAUUUAAGUUUUAAUAAACUGGAUGGACAUAUCCCACAAGAGAACUUUGUUGUUUAG